UGGUUGCCGCUGGUUGCUGUUGCCUCUCACUAGCGCUGCCCACUGGAGAGUGGAAACUGGAGAACAUUCCGAUUCACUGUUGUGUCCGUCGCAGAGCCGUAUCUCUUUCUUUCUUAGCUCGCGAAUCCGAGUGCCGGUCGCUACAAUGGCCCCUCAGCUGCAAAAGCCUGCCCCCCACUUCAAGGGAACCGCCGUCGUGAAUGAGCAGUUCGAGGAAAUCGACCUGAAAAACUACGCAGGAAAAUACGUCGUCCUGUUUUUCUAUCCCCUUGACUUCACUUUCGUGUGUCCGACUGAGAUUAUUGCGUUCUCCGAGAGGGCCCAGGAGUUCCGCGAUAUCGGCUGUGAAGUUAUUGCAGCAUCCUGUGACAGCCACUUCUCCCACCUGGCAUGGAUCAAGACUCCACGCAAGCAGGGUGGCUUGGGCGAGAUCAAAAUCCCAGUCCUGGCCGACAAGAGUGGCGCCAUUGCCCGCGCCUAUAAUGUGCUGGAUGAGAACACCGGCAUCCCCUUCCGCGGCCUCUUCAUCAUCGAUUCUAAGCAAAACCUGCGCCAAAUCACUGUCAACGACUUGCCUGUGGGCCGCUCCGUCGAUGAAACCCUAAGACUCGUCCAGGCGUUCAAGUUCACAGACGAGCACGGAGAAGUUUGCCCUGUUGGCUGGAAGCCUGGUGCAAAGUCAAUGAAGGCUGAUCCUGUCGGCAGCAAGGACUACUUCAAGGACGUGCAGUAAAAUAUUUGUACUCAUCGGUGUCAGACAAAAUCAGUUGCCGUUUUGUGCCACUCGUCAACAUCCUUUUUACUUUUACACUGCAGUAUUUAGCGGGUAAACUUUCCAUUUGAGCAGCUCCUUCCUUGUCGAGUUGAAAACUCCAUCAUUACGUUAGUUAUCGUCUUUCAUUUUUUCCGUUUGUUUUGCCACAGAUGUAUACCUUGGAAUAUUCAAUAAAGUAUAUAGAAUAAUUCUCAAGUA